AUGGAGGACGAAUUCGUCCCGUUUCAGAACGGUCCGCAGAUCUACGAUCACCGAGGAGAACUGGUGUGGAGCGGCAGUCCCAUGUUCGAGUACCGCAACGUCUUUGACUUUCGAAUGGGCGAGGUCAACGGCUCCAGGGUGCUGACUGCAAUAGUCGAUGCUGCCCGCCUCCCCCAAUCCAACUACUCCACGAGGCAGACGGGGUUCAUCAUCGACGACAGAUAUCAAGUGGCCCAACAGCUCGACCUGGCUGGGGCGUACAACAUGCACGAGCUCAACAGCGUCGGCGGCAACCGAAUUAUCAUUGCCACCGACGGCUUUUCGAUUGUCAACCUCAGCAACGUGGGCCUGCCGGACCGGACAGCUGGCGUCAAAGCAGGAGGAUUCCGUGAGUGGGAUGCUGCUACUGGCAAGGACGUGUUUCAGUGGCAGGUUAUCGACCACAUUCCCGUGACCGACUCGAUGAUGGAGAUGCCGGACGAGUCUUACCGGAGCUGGGAUGCCUUCCACCUCAAUUCCGUCACCAAGGAUGCCCGCGGCGACUACCUCGUCUCGCUUCGCCACACUAGCACUGUCUACAAGAUCUCUGGGGGAGAUGGUUCCAUCAUCUGGCGCCUUGGGGGAAAGUUUAGUGACUUCCAGCAAGAUUUCAAUUUCUCCGGCCAGCACCAUGCCCGAAUCGUGGCUGAGGACGACAACGGCAUGACCAUCACCCUGUUCAAUAACGCCGCCGACGACCGGGGAGUUCAAGCAAACACCGCAAAUACCUCGUCAAUGCAAGUGAUCAAAGUAUAUGAUCGAGAGGAGCCACGUCGUGCGGAGCUUUUGGCCCACUACCUCCGGCCUGACGGCGAGUUAACCAAAAAACGCGGCUCGGCUCAAAUGCUGGACAACGGGAACGCCUUCAUCUGCUGGAGCGCAAGUGGAUACAUUACGGAGCACACCCCUGACGGCCGUGUUAUUCUAGAGGCGAAUUUCCUCACCGAUCGGUUCGACUCGUACCGCGCGUACCAUUUUACCGACUGGGUUGGACGGCCUGCCGAACCGCCGGCCUUGAUAUCGUACGCCCACAGGGGCGGAUCGCAGAAACCGCUCCCCUCGACGGUCCUGUAUGUGAGUUGGAACGGCGCGACGGAGGUGGCCUCAUGGACUUUCUACGGCGCGUCCAGCAUUGGCGACGGCGGCGACAGCUUCCACCGCCUCGGUAGUGUGUCGAAAUUGAGCUUCGAGAGUAGUAUGGCUGUCGACGGAUAUUGGCCGUAUACCUACGCCGAAGCGUACGACGCGCGUGGAAAUCUACUCGGCACGUCGGAAGUCAGGGAGACGGUCCUCCCCGAGCAAGCGGGCGGCCAAAUCGACCGGGACGACGGCCACAGAGACCAAUACUUGAGCGCCAGCGCCUCGGUGUCACUAGGCACGCUGACCCUGCAAGCGUCGAAGCCGGUGGCUAACCUUGCUACUUUUGUCGCGCUCCUCUGCAUUUUUUAUACCGCCAUUUCGCUUUCCGUGCGCGUUUGGAGCCGAUGGCGGCGAUGGUCUUGCUGCUAUCCCUACCGUGGUCAGCAGGGACAGGAAAAGACGUUCAGUGAGGACGAGGCCGAUGCUCUUUUCACCGCACCCAGACAUUCGUUCUGA